UCAUUUGCGGCCCUGCUCGCCUGCACUAGCAGCUGGUGUUUAGCUGUAAUUCUAUUCAGAUCCUCCAUGAUGAGUUAUGCUGAAAAGCCAGAGGACAUAACUCGAGAGGAAUGGAUGGAGAAGCUCAACAACGUCCACAUUCAGCGAGCAGACAUGAACCGGCUCAUCAUGAACUAUCUGGUGACAGAGGGGUUUAAAGAGGCAGCAGAGAAAUUUAAGCAGGAAUCAGGCAUUGAGCCAAACGUGGACCUGGAUUCACUGGACGAGAGGAUAAAGAUCAGAGAGAUGAUUCUGAAAGGCCAGAUUCAGGAGGCUAUUGCACUUAUUAACAGUCUCCAUCCUGAACUGCUGGAUACUAAUCGCUACCUCUACUUCCAUCUACAGCAGCAGCACCUGAUCGAGUUGAUUCGUCUGCGGGAGACGGAAGCGGCACUGGAUUUCGCGCAGACGCAGCUGGCCGAACAGGGUGAGGAAAGCAGAGAGUGUUUGACCGAGAUGGAGCGCACACUGGCAUUACUGGCCUUCGAUAAUCCAGAGGAGUCUCCUUUUGGAGAUCUGCUGAACAUGAUGCAGAGACAGAAGGUAUGGAGUGAAGUAAACCAAGCUGUGUUGGACUACGAGAACCGCGAGUCGACGCCCAAAUUGGCAAAGCUCCUGAAACUUCUGCUCUGGGCUCAGAACGAACUGGACCAAAAGAAGGUCAAGUAUCCUAAAAUGACCGAUCUCAGCAAGGGCACCAUCGAGGAUCCCAAGUAAAGAGGAACACGAGACGAGAGCUGCUCAGUGAAGACGUUCUGUGGGGAAUGAGGACGAUAUCUUUUCUUAAUUACUAUUUAUACUCUGACUGACUAAUAUUCUGUCCUGUACAUUGUUUUGCUUAUUGAAGAGGAGAAGUGCAAAGAGAAAUGAUCAGAUUUUGCAGCUUGUGGUCAGAAUGAAAACUCUUUUUAACACAGACGAUUUUAUCAUUUUAUUAUCACUUUAUUUCACUUGGUGAAUUGAAUUGAGUCUGGUUUGUUUUGCAGAGAAUUACUGUUCUGUCUCUGCAGUCUCUGUCUCUGCAUGUCGGCAAAUGUUUUGCGACUGUAUAUUGGUGACAGGUUUGGAUAUGUUGCGCCAUUUAUACCAAGGGCGAAGUGGUCUUUUCAGGUUUUCCUAAUGGACGAACCGUGUCUGAGGGUGAACGAUUGUUUUCCUGAUUAUUUGCAGUGCAAAGGAACUGAUUUUUUUAUGUACCCGAGAGUGUUAUGGAGGAUCAUCUUUAUGCUUUGUGAAUAUUUGUUGCAUGGUAAUGUUUUGUUUUGUACUGUUGCCACUUUCCUUGCAAAACUGAUGUAAUUUAUAUAAAUGAUUUAGUAAGAUUUCAAAGCCAGAUGUUUAACAGAGGUAUUAAAUACUUUUUUCGAA